AUAAUAUCUUAUAUAUACAUGUUUAUUAUUAGCAUUUUCAUAUUAGAAAAGUUGUAUCAAAAAAUCAGAUUGAGGGCAAAAUUAACUAUAAUAUUAGUUAAAACAACUAUUUUUUUCUUUCAGUGUAAUUGUAUUGAUUUUAAAUAUCGCAUACGUGAAUAAAAGGGGGAGAGGGAGAAAAGGAGGGAGAGAAGGGGAGGGGAGAGAGAGAGAGAGACGGAGGAGAAGAUGCAUUAAUCUCGAUACAUCUAACGUUAUCGAGCAGAAAUCGAAAUAAUUUCGCGCGUGUAUAAACUCAUUUACAAAUUAAUAUUUGGAUAAAAACGACUCCUCCUAUAACUCCAGAAUAAAUACUCAUUCGACGCGAAAUCUUGGAAAUUGAACUUGGAAAAUAACAUUCAAAUAUCGGAUAUCUCCAUUUCGUUUUGAAAUAACGAUCAUUUAAGGAGCCAAAACAAUGUAAUGCCUUAAGAAGAAAACGUAUUUUUUGGAAUUAAUUUAGUGAAAAUGGACCGAAUGUAUUGAAACACUCUAUAUUAUGUAAAUAUUAAACUUUAUAUUACUAUUUUUCUUAUUUAGGAAAAGCUAUAAAAAAAUAUGCAGCAUGUGGUCGAACUUAUGACCAUAAAAGAUAUUAUUACGAUAAAAAUGGUGUCCGUCUAGUGACUUGAGAUAAAAAAACCAAAGAGUUUCUUAAAUAAUAUGCUUGUAGUUGGGGGAUGAACCUAAAUUUAAACUGUGGAACGAAAAUUGCAGAAACAAUAGCUGUUUAAAAAUUGGGUACCCAAAUUUCGUAUCUUUUUGUUAUUUGGCACUAUUAAAAGGAGUAUUAAAUUUAAUGUUUUCUGAGUUUUUUUACUUAUUUUCCAACUGCAAGCAUAUUAUUUAAAAAACUUUUUGGUUUUUUGAUAAAUUCAGGUCACUAGAACGUGCGCUAUCUUUCUCGCCGGUUACAGCGAUAUUUUUUGCAGUCGUAAAUUUGGCUGUGAAUGCUGCAUAUUUAUUUAUAGGUUUUCUUAAAUAAUAAAAAUAGUAAUAUAAAGGUUAAUAGUUAAUUAAUAUACAACGUUUUAAAAUAUUCGGUUGAUCCAUUUUCACAAAAUUAAUCCCCAAAAAUAUGCUUUUUUCCAGAGCGUUAGAUUGGUCCGGCCCCUUGAAUUCCGAUGGCAGUUCCGUAAUGGAUUUUCUGUCGCGCAGUUACGCGACAUGAAACCUUCAUAGUUACGAAGCGAUUAAUUAGGGACACUUUAGUGUCACCCAGUACAUGUCAAACGGAGAGGGCCCGUCUCUCACACCCUCGGCGUGCCGGGGCAGCAGCGUUUCGCGGUCUUUUUCUGUUCCUCCUGACACAUUAUGCAGCCGGAUUAUCGUCGUGCAUUCGAGUGGCGUGCGGGGAAAAUCCUCCGCGAUUAGAAAAAACUGACAGCACGCCGAGAGGGUUCGAAGUGAGCUGUUGGAUCAAUCUACCGGUUCUUGGACCCUCUUUUUCCGGACGCGCACUACGCGCUCGCUCGAUAGGAAAACCAGACGCCACCUACGUCAGGCACGGAGAUUAUUUUGAGUCCUUUUUCAAGCUCUUGAUAGAUUACACCGUCGCGUGAAGAAACGGCGCUGGUCUAAUGAACGAUUUAUCAUCGGCCUCUUUUUCUUCCACUCCCCCUUCCCCCUUCGCUCGCGCGCGAUCCGACACCGAAUUUCUUCGAUAUCAAAAAUAUCGCGCGCCACACUGUCGGACCUCAAAACUGAUGAUCUUGGACGCAAGAAGCGACGAUCUCUCUCUUUCUCAUCUCUCCCACAUCGCGACGAGCGAUAUUAAAUCACCGAGGACAAUUGCCGCGGAAAGGGGUUGAAGCGAGGAAACGUGCCCGAGACGGGAAAAGUGGGGAUACGUUCCGCUGAAGGAAGCCGACCGUUGCGUUUCAGUAGCUUAGACAAAACGCCUAAUAUCAUCGACGUGUUUGGAGUAGACACACGUAUAAUGCAUGCGUGUGUGAUGUAUGGGUCUGACGAUGAAUGAAAACAUAUAAAUUUCAAUGAUAUGUGCGCUGGUUGGCGAAAAAAUAGCGACGCGGAGAUCUUUCUCGCACGGGACUGCUGGCCAUUGUGUAAUAUCGCGGUCAAGGCAAAUAAUGAAAUGGUGAAAUUUAUAAGAACGCCGCCGAGACGACGCUUCUAAAAUAACAUCAAAGGCGCUGAUCAGUGCCGGAACACUUGCUGGACGUCGACCCGUGUUGUCAGACGCCCGAGAGAAAUCUUCCCCAGAUGGGGAUCUAACGCGCUUUCCCUAAAUUUAUAUGUUUUCCAACAUCUCCUCUCCCCCAGUGUACCUGCCCUUCGGGUAAUUUCGACGCACUCCAUCAUCUCUCGAGUAUCCCGACUGAAUUCGACUGUGGAAGAGAUCCAUGCACGACGCAGGAACUGUGCCACUUCAGGAACGCAAAGAAAACAGCAAAUCUCACUGCUUAGACCUGCGAAAAUUUCGUGAUCGCGAAAUAAUUCCCGACAUUCCGUCAGGUCUCACCUUUGCCCGACAUAUUUUCCGACCGGUUUCUUAUUUUUGGAAAGACAUGCCCUAUUCUGACCUGAUGACGCUGGUGUCAUCACCUCGGCGUCUGAAGACACGGCCCUGGUGCCGCGAGACCACGGGGGACUACAAAAGAUUUAAAUAGUCACGAGGGCGAGAAAGAGAGAGAUAAAGAGAGAAAGAGAGAGAGAGACCCGUGGCGGUGGUUUCGUGACGCGCGAUGAAGAAGCGGACGAAGAAGAGCUCGCGGUAGGUAGGGAUAAAGAGCGCAGCAGUGAUGUAGUUACGCGCUGACUAGUUUCGCCCGGCGACUCAAAACGGCCGGCCACGCUUUUCGCGGCCCUCGCUAAACUGUCAAACUCGCGACGUCGCGACAUCGCGAACGUCCGUGACCGGUCCGGCGGUUCAUCAGCGCGACGCUUGUCACCUCGUUGCUUCGAUACCUCGAGGGUGAUAUCUCGAAGCUAUCCUGGGCGUCGCGUCAACGACGACAACGACGACGACGACGACGACGACAACGACGACGACGACAACAACGACGACGACGACGACGACGCGCAUCUGGCUAAGACGCGCGUCACGUGGUUACGUAACGAAAAAGAGAAAGACGCGACGACGGAGGGAGAUUGAACUGUGACGGAAAAUUCGCGAGGCGUGCAAAGUGCGCGGCAAAUUGGCGCGGGAUACGGAGAGGACGUGUGGGAAAAUCUAACUGCUAACGAGCCGAAAUCGUGCGAGUCGUUGGUGUGCCAAUAAAAAGUAUGACCGACUUAUUCCGCGAAGGUUUUCCCGCACACUCAGAGAAAAAGACAUGGUGAUGGCAACUAUACAUAGGUGACAACAGUGUGUAUCUCUGUCAAAAGUCAACCCCUGUCUUUUAAAUCAAUAUCUCGAUUCAACUUUUACUUUUACGAAUGUUGUAAUAACCAAAAUUAAAAAAGGGAAAUUCUAUUCGUCGUUCGUCAUUACGCCAGGCACCCUCGAAAGUACCGACAAGGAACGUCAUUCGCACAGCACGGAAUAUCGCAGCUUUUCAUGGAAAGCACUCGGUUGUGCAGAGGAGGAAGCAAACGAGCGUUGUACGAGGUCGAUGGGACCGAUUGACAGGGUAGUCGCAAAAAUACGGACCGGCCACUUCGAGAAAACGGCUGCUUCCGUUCGCGGCACUCUCCCGGAAUAAACUCGCACCAGAGGAUGAAGUUCAGAUCCCGCGCCGUUAGACAGCAACGGUGAUUUGUCGAUGGCACGCUGAUGGGGUAUUUAAUGACUCGAUCGGCGAGAUGACCGUCGUCGUCCUCGUCGUUGUCCGAGCGAACGCGCAUGACUCCAAUAAGGAAGCGGCACGCGCGUAAUACGAAAACUCGCCGCCGUCGAUACGACGUGGCGAGUCACAAAUCAAUUGGCGAUUUCUUAACGAAAAGCUGUCGAAUGUACGGUGCCUUCCGAGGCGUGAAGAGAUGGAAAGAACGGGACACGAUGCAGAGAAGGGACAUGAUGCAGAGAAGAGACACAAGCAGACCGACCAGGCGAGACCAGGAUGAGAAGGAAAGUUCGUUUUUCUCGUCACGGAAUUCCGGUCAGAACGACAUCAAGAAACUGCGCAGGGAGAACGAGCAGCUGCGCAGGGAGAUAUGGAGCCUCAGGGACGAGUACGACAAGCUUGAGGAGAUCCUGAAGAGACAGAAAAUUCGCGGCGAAAGCGAAGAGUACGAGGAUCGCUCCGAGGAGGAUGAGGGCCCGCAGUCGGACUUCUCUUGCGAAGAGGACGAGGACGUUGAGCAUGAGUACGAGGGGGAUAAGGAGAAGACGGCCAAGGGCUUUAACCAGGAGGAGCAGCUAGAGAACGCGGAGAACCAGAAGAUCUCCUUCGAGAAGAUGAGCAGCAGUCUGCAUCGGUUGCACGUGGAGUUCGACGAUCUGUCGGUCGUCGACGAGGAGGAGGAGCUCAAGAAGGAUAAGGAAAGGAAGGAGACGACCCCAUCGCUGGAGGAGCAGAGGAGCGACGGUGCCUGGCAUCUACCACCGCCGUUCCUCGGCCCCCGGCAACUUCACGAUAACAUCCCGUUUUAUCCAGCCACGUACGAGCCGACGGGCGCUUUCAGCGGAACCAGUUAUUACACUGAGUGUCCGUUCGAGUUCCCAAAUACGGUUGAUUUAAUGCUACCUACGGACGCAUUACUGGCUUCGCCCUGCUCGGGAUUACAGACCGAUCCAUUGAUCCCGCUGGCCGGCUUAGACUCCAGAUCGCUGGAUCAAGCGGUCGAGUUGAUGCUACCUCGAAUCCACGUCCCGCCCGUCGGUUGGCAGAACGAUGUGGUACCUCCGCCAGCUUAUUCCGGCACGAACAUCAUUCCCGGCGAGAUGCAAGCGACGGGAGUGCCGGACUCGAAGAUGACUUCACCAGCGACUUCGAUGUCGUCCGACGUUUGCGGCUUCUUGAGACGAAAAAGCGCGAAGCAAUCCACGAGGAUCCCUCUGGGGGACUCGCGAACGCGGCUUUCGAGUCCCGAGGAAACGGCCGGCAGGAACGCCUGGAACGUGGACUCUAUCAACGGGAAAGACGCAAUGAUACACGCGGGGGGUGUCGCAUCGGCUGAGAAUCGAAUCGCCGGAGAGAUCACAGCGGUAUCCACCGUGCCGGAGAGGCCGAGGCACUUCUUCGCGCCGUUGCCGAGCAAAGUGAAGAAGCAAGAGGAGGAGUCACCAACCGCCAGCAACAAUCACUUCGGGACCGGGACUAGUUCAAGCAGCGGCAAGACAGCCUCCACGGUGAUCUCCCGUACGAAUCCCUUCGCAGGGCAGAAAGGUUCGGCGGACAUCUACGUGAACGGCGCGGUGGCUUACGACGGCGAGGACGUCCCGAGGGACGAGCCGAGGACAUUCCUGAGCACUGACAAUCUGCUGCUCGCGGAGCACAGUUGCAGAGUUGCUUCAAGUAGCGGGCAGCUGACGAAAUCGGUAUCUUGCCAAGAUCUCUCGAGCGAGUGUCAGAGCGCGGCGCAACAGUCGAAGCUAAGUCACGCCGACGGCAAGUCCCAGAUGCUCACCAAGAGCGACAACACGUUAGACAACAUAACGAACGGCUCCUCCGAGCGACCGUACAAGAGUCACCUGAACGUGACACUGAAGAUUCCUCGGCACGAGGAAGCGCCAAGUCCCGAGACUCCAGAGAUACCCAACUUGCCGUCGAUAGAUUACCGUCUCUUCAAGAACCCCUUUCUGAGGAACUUCGACAAGCUCUGCCCCAAGUAUUGUGCGGAGCCGAGUCCUCCCGCGACCAAACCGCUCUCCGUUCAAGUGAACGACGACGGUGUCGCUUAUCAGUACAAUGUGCCCGCUUAUGGACGCGCUGUGCAUCUGGACGAGAGGCUUCACCUGCCCGACAAGAACCGUCUGUUGAUCCCCAGCGAUCAACUGAUGAGCGGCAAGCAAGACAUUCAAGUGACCUCCUUCGAGAGGCCGAGUCCCUGCACCUUGAUACCUUCCGCCACGUCGUACGAUCUGUCGACGUUGCGACGACUAAACGCGAGCCGAUAUCUGCAGAGUCAGAGUCCGUAUCAGAGCGUGCCGUUCGUGGCGUCGCGCGGUCAGUUUUAUCCGCAGAGAGCAGGCGGGAUGGUGUACUACGACAAUGUCGCGAGCAAGGUACCGGCGCAGACACAGACGUCAAUCGACGGCGACUCGCAUCACGAGGACGAGCAUCCGGAUGAGGAGACGACGAGCGCGCCGAAUUCGCCCAGUGGACAGAGACGGAAGAGAGUCGUGAAGAGGGACAAGGCUGCGGAUCAACGACCGCUGUCGCCGGCGGCGCAACGAAGGCUGAGGAAGCAGAGCAGCGUCACGUCGACGGACACCCCCGAUUCGCCGGGGAAAACGGCACGGAAAAGGAUGAGGAAGCUGAGCACGACUACAACGUCGGACGCGCAGGAAGACAAGAACGAGAGCCGGUCGUCGUCGUCGGGCCAGGACUCGCCGCGCAAGGACAAGCGGGUGUCUGUCUACAUCAAUUCCAAGAGACGAUCGUCGCAGACGUCCCUGAAGACCUCGCGGAGCGGCAGUGUGGACGCGUCCAAGGACAAAUACGCGGACGGCGGUGCAUUGAGUACGGAACGCGAGAGGACGAACUCGGUCAGCAGUCGGGAAACCGCCAGUGUGAAAGCUCGCAAGACGAGUACCAGUAGCGGUAAUGUGCCGUGGUGCGCGUGUUGGGGGAAUGGUUGCAUUUAAUCAUAGUUGUGUAUUCAGUUCCGUUCAGGGACGUGACUAGUAGGCAUGGACAAGUUAAGGAAGGAUGAAGCGUUGAGUGAUUCUGAUGCCAAAGAGAAAUAUUCAGAGUAUAAGAAUGGCAAAUUGAGAAAAUAUCGCUUGAAUAGGGAUUAACGCACUAGUCGCCAUUUAGGAUGAAGUCAGUUAUUUUUGUGAUCAACCGUAUCAACACCUGUGAAACUAGUCUUACUUCUGUAGAUACGAAAAGAGGGACUGCACGAGAGACAAUAAUGUUCGAUAGGUUCCGCAUAGAAAUUUCUAUUUUCUCAAAUGCAGGUUAGAUUCAAAUCAGAAUACCUAACUGUUCCAAAACAAAUUAUUUGACUACGAUACCAAUUGGAAAUCUCAUUCUUACCCCAAACAUGGGUUUCCUGUCUAGAAUUGGAACACUGAGAGAAAUUAUCCGAUAAAAAAAUUAAUAAACGGAUAAUUUCUCUCAACAGAACUAUUAAAGAACAGAACAGAAAUAUUAAGGAAACUCGAGUUUUUUAAGCAGAAAUAUUAAGAAAACUCGAGUUUUCUGCAUCAGUUUCAUUAAUACAAUAAAGACUAUACAAAUGUUUUCUCUGACUUACAUUGUUCCAUGUUAAAAUAAUUACCAUGUUAAAAUACAUUUUCGUUUUAUAUGUAAUAUAGGAUACAUUUGUAUAUCUGAGGAUAUAACAUGACGAUUUUAUACAUUUGUAAGUCAGGAGAAUUUAUCGGAUAUUUAUGUAUAUUUUUGGCUUUCUUAGGUUGAACGCUUUCUAUUACAAUUUCUUCAUAAUGCUUUUUUUCGCAAACACUUUGAAUAUUUGUACUCUUUACAAGUAUGUAUAUACGUAUACUUAUAACGAGUAUAUACUCAAAGUGUUUCAUAUAUUUUGCUCAAUUUUAGUUUAAAAUGUAAACCAAAACAAAUCUUUGGAAAACGUUGAAGAUGACCAAAUGGGAUGAGUCUUCUAUUUAGACUAUCAUGUUCAAAACAUUACACUUCUAACCUGCAUAGAUUAGAACCUAUGAUUAUUGUGGGAAAUCGGUUUGGAUCCCAAUUAGAUCCUAAAGUAUUUUCUAUGCGUGGUAUUACCACAAGUAUUAGUAGCAACGAGUCGCGCGUGUUAUUGCUUGUUAUCAUGCAUCGUCAGCCUAGGAAAUUGAAUACCCGCCGCAACCGAAUACUCCAAGAUCAGGAGCGCGCACCUCCCGUCCGGCGAUUCGCUCCCUCGAGAGGCGAUCAGCCUCUGUCGGGUGCAUACCGAGGCACCUAAUUACGCCAUUGAUCCCACCUAGAUGCGAUUCGACGUGUGCAUAUUUGAUCGUAUGCAUCUCGCCAAACGGUAAAAUAGCCAGCCAUCGGCUGUGAUACGGUCGUCCUUAUUUAUUUAAGGCAACUACGAUUUGUGUCAACAGCGAGAGAUUCUUGCUUUCUGAUUCUCGGCCGUGAGAGAGGCCAGACCGACUGAAUAAUUCGAAGGACAAAUACCAAAGGGAAAUGCUGAUGGGCCCCGGAGUGAAUUCAAGAAGGAAGAACCCUUAACCCCUCCGCAGCCGUUGCAAGAGAACCGCCACUGUAGCUGGUAGUGGAGAUCGUAAAAUAAGCACAGACAGCGGUACUGUUGCGACGUCCUAGCGCGGGCCUGACUGUCGGCCGGGGUGACAGUUGUAUCUAAACUGGUUCUGCCAAGAGACUACGAAGGCGAGCCUGCGUCCGCUCUUAAGGCAAAUUUGCCGGAGUCCGCGCGAGCAUGUCCUAAACGCGCGCGUCGUGGACAAUAGUACGCGGCUCUGCUCGAAUUAUGUGGCUUCCCUCUGACGGCGUGCAACGAUCCAUGCUUAAGUUUCGAGAGAGAGUUUCAGAUAGCUACGUCAAAUAGGUAAUUAUAUCAGACAUCUCUGUAUACGAGACGUAUAUGUACAUAUAUAUGUAUCUUCAGCAGUCUAUUAUUUAUUGUUCUUUGGAGUACGGAUACGAACGUUCAGGUUUACGACGAGUGAGGAAAAAAGCGUAUAAUUAGAAAUUAGUGUUAGAAAAUCGUUGUUAAGAUCAUUCUACGUGGUCGUAAGUAGUUGUAAGUAAAGACAAUCAAUCAAAAUAAAGCAAUCAGUGAAUAAAAAAUUGAUUAAUUGACUCUUACGUUCACGACCAUGCAAUUGUGGAAUGGUCUUUACACAAAUGUAUCGUUCACUCAUAGCUUAUUAAUUAAUGUUACACGUAUAUUAUUUUAUAAUUAUGUGGCGUAAGAAAGUGUAUUAUUAUUUUGUAGUUAUGCUGUGCGCACACAAAACACAGGAUUCAAGGAAAGAAAUGUUGUAUACGAAGUAA